AUGCCAAUUUAGGAUGCUUUAAUUGUAUUUACAUAUUUGCUUCCUAUUAUAAUAAGUGUUCUAUAUAUUUUAGGAAUGGCAGCAAAAUUCAAUGAUUUACAAUCCAAUUUCUAAACUUAAUCUUUUCCUUUUAAUUAUUCAAUCAUUUUGCAGAUUGCAUUAUUAACUCUAGAUAUUUGUAAAAUUAUUAACUACUCAGAGCUGUUGAAUUUAUUGAAUUCAUUCUAAUGAUAACUUAACAUGACUGUUUAUACUAUUAUUUUUCUGGAUUUACUCUUCAUUAAUAUUUUCAACAAUUAACAUGUAAAUCAUUUAUGUAAAUCAUUUUAAUAGUUAGACUCUAUACAGAUUUAGUCUUAUGAAUAUAAGAAAUAGAUGUCUAUGUUUUUUGUUAGUAAAAUCUAUUGGUUCUUAAAUGGGUUAUUUUUAAGUAUUACUCUUGGAUUACUCAUAUUCUAUGAAAUAAAUUAUUUCUUAUUUUAAAAAGGGAAAAUAUCUGAAUAUUCCUUACAUUUAUUUCAAGUUUCUGAUUACAUUAUUCUUCUCAACUUAACUCUAAUUAUAAGGAAAUAAGAUUUCGCAGAAUUUGAGAACUUGGGCUUUUGGAAAAAUAAAUUACCAAUGAUCGAUUAAUCAAAAUCUCAAAGACCAAUCUAAAUAAUAUUUAUUAUCAACAACUUUCUAAUUUUUUCUUCACAUUUAUUUAAAAAAAAAGUGGAAUUUGAUGAAUCUAAUGUUUAUGGGACAUUAUUGAUGUCUAAUUGGAUAUGUAUAUUCUUAUUAUUUGAAGUAUUAUUGUUGGAAUAGAUGUUAGAAUUACAGAAUAUCAAACCAUAAAAAAUCUAACUGAAACUUAUGUAUUAGCAAAUAAUUAAAACUAAUUAUAUGUAAUUAUAGGUUAGUACAAUCCAAUAUGUAAUAAUAAUAUAAUUUGAAAGAAAUUUUUAUGAAAGGGUUGUUGAAUGAUCGAUAAUAUCAUUUUACAACUUUAUUCAAAUUCAUAGGAAUAUCUCAAUAUUUAGAAGAUAAAUUUAAAAGUCUUCAAAAAAAUAAUUAAGGAAAAUGAG